GGGCUGCCGGGGAAGACUAGGGUAAGGGGAACAGGACUGUGGGCUCAGCCAUUUGACUUUCUCCUAUGGUCUCUUCCGAGCCACCUCUGGCUGAACCUUUGGCCCAACCUCUCAACCUGAGAGAAGCUUGGAGCCCCAAGUGCCUGGACAGGGACAGUGGGAGAAAAGGAGAGAUGAUAGCAUACUUAGCCUUAGAGUUGAAGGAGUUAAGGACCCUCCCUCAUCCAGACACCCACCCCUUCGCUCCCCUGAAACCAUAAUUCGCCAAGGAAGGAACCAAGAAUUGACAGAGGAUCUGGGAAGUUGGGGGUGGGGUGGGAUGGGGGCGAGGUAACUAUGGCCCAAUCUUGCCCAGAGCUUGUCCUCGGUGGGAGGACAUACACCCGGGUCUAAGAACCUGCAAGAGCCCAGCUCCGGCGCCUGCUUUCAUCGAGUCUCCCGCGUGGCCUUGCAGCGUCCGCGCCGCCCUUUGCCCCCGCGCUAGUUGUCCACGGCGCCUGGGGGUGGAGGAGGCCAAAAGACCCCUGGAGCCUGGAGGAGGCGGCGGGCCCGGGGGCGCUGGGGGCCCUCCGUCUGCGCCCAGCCGCCGCUCGCUCUACCGAACCUCCUACCCCGCCCCCACUCACCCGGCUCAGCCCCUAGGAGAGACGCGCAGGAAGCGUGUUGCUUCGCCCAGCCGAUCGGCAGAAGUUGAGAGGAGUUGGUGGCUGCCUCCGGCCGGCCGGACUUUGUGAGCAGCCAGGAGAAGAGACGCCGCCGCUGCCGCGAAGCCUUCGGGGCUGCCUCCCUCCAGCCUAGCCCGCAGCGCGGGUGGAGAGGGGCGGGGAGGGGGUCGGGUGCGCGAGAAGAACUUGAAACUGUGUGAAGGAAUCCGAAGCAGAUGAGAAGGGAGGAAAAUAAAACAAAGUGGAGACUGCAGAAAAGACUCAACCGUAGUUGAUUGUAUCGGCUGACGCUCCAGCAGAGGGGCUGGGUUGGUUUUUUUUUUUUUUCCUCCCAUUCUCUCUCUCUCUCUCUCUCUCUCUCUCUCUCUCUCUCUCUCUCUCUUUUAAAGCUACACCAGCUCUCUCUUUCUCUACUAUCUCUGUAUCACCAAACCCUUGCUGGCUCUUAUGGGCAUGAAACACUCCUCCCGCUGCCUGCUCCUAAGGAGGAAAAUGGCGGAGAACGCUGCCGAGAACACCGAGGUGAGCAGUGCCCCCCCGCAGCCCCCUCAGCCCGUCGCCCCACCCAAGCCUGUGCAAUGUGUCCAUCAUGUCUCCACGCAACCCAGCUGCCCAGGACGAGGCAAGAUGUCCAAGCUGCUGAACCCAGAGGAGAUGACCUCGAGAGAUUAUUACUUCGACUCCUACGCUCACUUUGGGAUCCACGAGGAAAUGUUGAAGGAUGAGGUGCGGACACUCACCUACCGGAACUCCAUGUAUCACAACAAGCAUGUGUUCAAGGACAAAGUGGUGCUGGACGUUGGGAGUGGUACCGGGAUCCUUUCCAUGUUUGCUGCCAAAGCAGGGGCCAAGAAGGUGUUUGGGAUUGAAUGUUCCAGUAUUUCUGACUACUCAGAGAAGAUUAUUAAGGCCAACCACUUGGACAACAUCAUCACCAUAUUUAAGGGUAAAGUGGAAGAGGUGGAGCUGCCUGUGGAGAAGGUAGACAUCAUCAUCAGCGAGUGGAUGGGCUACUGUCUGUUCUAUGAGUCAAUGCUCAACACGGUGAUCUUUGCCAGGGACAAGUGGCUGAAACCUGGAGGGCUUAUGUUUCCAGACCGGGCAGCAUUGUACGUGGUAGCAAUUGAAGACAGACAGUACAAGGACUUCAAAAUCCACUGGUGGGAGAAUGUCUAUGGCUUUGAUAUGACCUGUAUCCGGGAUGUCGCCAUGAAGGAGCCCCUGGUGGACAUCGUGGAUCCAAAGCAAGUGGUGACCAAUGCCUGUUUAAUAAAGGAAGUGGACAUUUACACGGUGAAGACGGAAGAGCUGUCAUUCACAUCUGCCUUCUGCCUGCAGAUACAGCGAAAUGACUACAUCCACGCCCUGGUCACCUAUUUUAAUAUUGAAUUUACCAAGUGCCACAAGAAAAUGGGGUUUUCCACAGUCUUCUCAUUUUUAGCUCUGGUCCCAAGCAAAGAGGAAAUCAGUAUUAAUGAGUCCUACAUCCAGGUGGAGGAAGCCCCCGAUGCCCCCUACACCCACUGGAAGCAGACUGUCUUCUACUUGGAAGAUUACCUCACUGUCCGGAGGGGGGAAGAAAUCUAUGGGACCAUAUCCAUGAAGCCAAAUGCCAAAAAUGUGCGAGACCUCGAUUUCACGGUAGAUUUGGAUUUUAAGGGACAGCUGUGUGAAACAUCUGUAUCUAAUGACUACAAAAUGCGUUAGCAUACGUGGGAGGCUGCAGACAGCGAGCAAGAAGAGAAACUCUUACCUCGAUCUGCGGCUCUGUAACAAGGAACACCGUUUGCAGGACUACACUCUCGAAAACCAGAGUUUUUAAAUUCUGCCUUGAAGAUUGGUGAACUCACCAGGGCUCCCGUGGGCCACUGGACAGAGAGCUUCCAGUUCCUCAGCUCUGCUCUGGGAGCCCUUCACAGAGGCUUUGUUGUCGCCGACAAAGAGCAACCUCCAGUGCUGUGGCUGGGGCCCCCGAGGAUGGAAAAGUGUACACGUAUACCCAUUUGUCCUCCUUAACUGUGAAUCUCUGGAACUUCCAAGUUUUGCAUGCUGCAGGCAUCUAGGACAGAUUGCUUCACUAGAACCUGGAGACAUAGUGUCUUUGAUAGCAUAAGCCAGAUUACCUGUCUGUGCGGUGGUGUGCGUGUGCGUGUGCGCGUGUGUGCGUGUGCGUGUACAGCAUAUACAUUAGUUUAUUUACCCACACCUGUAUAUGCAUGCAUAUACAACCACGUGGGUAUAUUUCUGUGUUCAUUCAGGGUGUGUGUGUGUGUGUGUGUGUGUGUAUGUGUGUGUGUGUGUGUGUGCGCGUAGAAUAUAUAUUACUCUCAGAGGAGAUUCUGUUGCUUUCGAAUAGGAAUUUGUUUUGUGAUUAGUUCUCCCCACUUCCCAUCCCUUACAGAUGUUAAGCAGCUAUGAAACGUUCUCUGUAGCUCUGGUCUUCUUCUGACUAGACUGUGGCUCUGAACCCUGAGCAUAGUACCACGCACUCUGUUGGCACUCAAUAAAUGCACAUGAGAGCGAA